AUGAGACAUCCUGCUGACUCUGAAGCCUGGAAGACAUUUGAUCAAGCUAACCCUAGAUUUGCACGGGAUGCUCGCAAUGUUAGGCUCGGUUUGGCAAGCGACGGAUUUAAUCCCUUCAAUAAUCUGGCUAAACCUUAUAGCAUUUGGCCAGUGAUUCUUGUCCCGUAUAACUUACCACCGUGGUUAUGCAUGAAAGACAUGUUCUUCAUGACAUCCCUCAUUAUCCCUGGCCCAAAAUCACCAGGGAAUGAUAUUGAUGUUUAUUUGCAACCAUUAAUUGAUGAGUUACUUGAACUUUGGGAACAUGGGGUACCUACAUUUGAUGCAUCUACUAAGGAAAUGUUCAUGUUACAUGCUGCCUUAUUGUGGACAAUCAACGACUUUCCCGCAUAUGGAAAUCUAUCUGGGUGGUCAACAAAAGGGAAACUGGCAUGUCCGUCUUGCAAUGCAAGUACAGAUUUCAACUGGUUGAAAUAUGGCAGAAAACAUUGUUACAUGGGACAUCGACGUCUCUUACUGACAUAUCACAUGUGGCGAACGAGAAAAGCCUUGUUCAACGGUAAAGAAGAUAUUCGCAUGCCACCAACUAUGGUUGAAGGAGCGGAUCUUUUAACUCAACUACAAAUGCUUGGAGAUAUUCACUUUGGAAAAUCUCGUAGGAAGAGAAAACGCACUACGGAAGAGUUUAACUGGAUAAAGAAAAGCAUCUUUUUCAAACUACCUUAUUGGUCAACUUUGGGGCUUAGACAUAAUCUAGAUGUUAUGCAUGUUGAGAAGAAUAUUUCUAAGAACAUAUUGGGCACUUUUAUGAACAUUCCCGGCAAGACAAAAGAUAACGCUAAUUCCCGGUGUGACUUAGAGAUCUUGGGCUUCAGAAAGGAAUUACAUUUGAAACGUGAAGGUGAACGUGUUAUAAUGCCACAUGCAUCAUACACAUUACAUGGAGAUGAAAGGAAUAAAUUCUGUGAGUGGCUUGCUGAGGUUAAAUUUCCAGAUGGUAGUUUGUUCAAAGAGUUGUGCGCCCGAACAUUAGAUGUGCAUCGCCUAUCUAAGCUUCAAGUUGAUAUCGUCACCAUUCUAUGCAAACUAGAGAUGAUAUUCCCUCCAUCGUUUUUCGAUGUUAUGGUCCACCUAGCUGUACACUUACCCCGUGAGGCUAUUUUCGGAGGUCCAGUUCAAUAUCGGUGGAUGUACCCAUUUGAGAGGUAUAUGGGCAAAUUCAAGUGGUAUGUUAAGAAUAAAGCACGUCCAGAAGGUUCAAUAGCAGAAGCCUGGGUUCAUAUCGAGUGUUUGACAUUUUGCUUCAUGUAUCUCCAAGAUGUUGAGAUGAAGUUUAAUCGAGCAGAUCACAACAUUGAUAGUGUUGAAGAGGAGACUAUAGAUGGGUUCAAAAUUUUCAACCAGAAACUUUGUCCUUUGGGUAUGGCUAAUAAUGUGCAAUUAGAAGUUGAACUCCAUACAGCAGCCAUUUGGGAACACUACGACAAAUGCAGGGUGUCAAACCCAAAUUUUGUAGAUCGCAUGCACCAAACUGAGUUUCCAAUUUGGUUCAAGCAACGUGUUUUGGACCAGCGUAACAACAAUCCACUUGAGGUGUCUCAAGAUUUGUAUGCGUUAGCUUGCGGUCCUGACCGUUGGGUUGCAUCAUAUGCUGCCUGCAUUAUAAAUGAUAAACGGUUCCAUACGAAGUCUCGUGAAAUUCGCCGGCAUUCACAAAAUUCUGGGGUAUUAGUAACUAGUGACCAAGCUACUGAUAAUGUAGACUUUUAUGAUAUUAUCAAUGAUGUUGUGGAGUUACACUACAUGGGAGGUCGUAGAGUGUACUUGUUCAGUUGUGAUUGGUUUGAUGUUGGAGAUAAGAAACGGGGGGCUUCCCAGUAUUUUUACAUUAGGGAUAUAAGGGUGAAAGGGAAUUGGUAUGUUGUGCAGAAGUACAAUAAUAGGAAUGUGUAUGACAUUCCUCUAGUGCAGAGGGUUUUAGAUAGUAAUGAUGGCGAAUCAAGUGACGAUGAUGCCUAUCAAGAGAAUGAGUCCCCAUAUGACUAUCCACUUUUGCAUUGUGAUGCAUGUCCAGUGUCAACUCCACUUAGUAGGAUUGAUAUAGAACCUACCCAUAUUGAUGCACGAGACCACAUGGAGCUGGGUGGUCCACGCAGAAAUUCACCUGAUUUUAUUGAUGAUGGCAUGGUUCCAUCUGGUUCUGGAGAUGCUUAUGGUGAUUGGGAAGAUUCAGAUGAGGACGACCCAUCCACCGAGGAAGAGUCUGACUCAGAAUAA